UAGUACAAUAAAUCUCUCCACUCAAUCUUAUACGUGGUUGGUCAAUGUUCCCGUGGGUACUUAUUACCUUGCUCUUAACGAUGGUAGUGGUGAUAAGUACUCUGGAACUUUUAGUGUCUUUAGUGCCGGACUGCCU